AUGGACAUCAACGAAUUCAAGAGAAAGUACUCCAACGAAAGCGACACCAAGGCUGUCUGUGAUUGGAUGUUUGAAAAGAUUUCUUCUGCUCCAGAAGCUUGGUCUUUCUGGCAAGCUGACUACAAGUACAAUGAUGAAUUGAGCGGCCCAGCAUGGAUGCAAGCCAACUUGGUUGAAGGUUACUUCCGUAACUUGGAAGCUUUGCACAAGAAUUGCUUUGCUUCUGCUUUGGUUCUUGCCAAGGACUCUGCUCAAAGAAUCUCCAUGAUAUGGUUGGUCCCAACUCAAACCUACCCAGCUGAAUUCAACAGCCCAGAGAUUGCUGGAUCAAAGAUCUGUGAAGGAUUUGAUUUGGUCAAGUUGGACCCAACCAACGAGGCUGACAAGCAAAAGAUUAUCGAUUACUUUGUGUGGAAUGAAACUCCAGGCACUUUUGACGGAUUCUCCUAUGCCUCUGGUAAGAUUUUCAAAUAA